AACCAGCGCCCGGCGCUUCCCGUUCCGGGCCGCGCGGAAGAUGGCGGCGGCCGGCGAGGAGGCGGAGGCGGCGGACUGGGCGCUGCCGGCCGAGGUGGAGGUGCUGGAGUCCAUCUACCUGGAGGAGCUGCGGGUGCGGCGGGGCCGCGGCAGGUCGGAGCCCUGGGAGGUGAGCAUCACCCUGCACCCCGCCACGGCGCAGGACCAGGACUCGCAGUUCGUGUGCUGCACCCUGCUGCUCGCCGUGCCCCCCCAGUAUCCCCACGCGGCUCCGGACAUCGCCGUCAGGAACCCGCGGGGGCUGUCGGAUGAGCAAAUCCAGAAGAUUUUGCAGACCCUCAGGAAUGUUGCUGAAGCCAGGCUGGGGACGGAGGUGCUAUAUGAGCUGAUCGAGAAGGGGAAGGAGAUUCUCACUGACAACAACAUUCCUCACGGCCAGUGCGUCAUCUGCCUCUAUGGAUUCCAGGAGAGAGAAGCCUUCACAAAGACCCAGUGCUACCACUACUUCCACUCCCACUGCCUGGCCCGAUACGCCCAGCACAUGGAGGAGGAGAUCCUUAUGCAGCAGGAGGAGAGAGAGCAGCACCUGGCCCCUUCUGCCAAGCAGGAUGUCGGCGUGCAGUGCCCUGUCUGCCGGGAAACCCUGGUCUACGACCUGUGUGCCCUGAAGGCAGCGCCGCCCCCGCAGCACCCGCUGGAGCCAUACAGGCCCGACGCCAAGACGCUGCAGCACCAAGAAGAACUACGCUUAAUUUUCAAGAGACAGCAAGAGAAAGGGGGCAUCAUUGACCCCGAGGCGGAGAGGAACCGUUACUUCAUCAGCCUCCAGGCGCCUCCAGCUGCUGCCGAUCCAGGCCAGGCAGCCGCUGCCCCCGAGCCGCUGGUGAGCGCGAGCGCCGUGGACGCGCCCCAGGCACCCUGCCAAGCCUCGGCCCCUGAGGCAGCCAGGGCAGCGCCUGCGCAGCCCGAGAGGCCUGCGGUACCCAGGGAGCCGCAGGGCAGGAGGGAAAGGCACCGAGGGGAGAGGCCGGGCCCCAAAGGGCCGGGCAGGCAAACGUGCAGCGGCUCGCAGGAGGUGGCCGAGGAAACCUGUCACCUGCUCCACGGCUCCAGAGCACCCCGGGGCUUCGGUCGGAGACCAGAGAGGAGACCUGGUGGGAGGCACAGCCAGGAGUUUCCGAAGCAUCACAGCAGAAGCAGGGCUGCUGCCUUGGCUGAAAGAAAGGAGCUGUGCCCUGAAGACCCCUCACCAGAAACGGAGACAGCGGACUUGAAAGAGGAGCACCGUGAUGUGGAGAGAUGGACCCCGGAGCAGGGCGCUGAGGCCCAGGGCAGGGAGAAGGAGAACGUGGCGUUCAGCUGCAGCGACCACCGAGCUGGCUGGCAGGGCCACCACCGGCCCUGGGACUGCGGGAGGUGGGACAGGUCCCGGGCGCAGGAGCGCGGAUCCUACCCCAGAGCACCGAGAGGGCGAGGGGCGCUCAGGCCCAGCGGACGCCGAGAAGCCCAUCUCCUGGAGAAGGAGAGCGGCUCCUAGCAGCAGUGGUGAGGGGCUGGGCUGGGGGAGGGGAGGGCUGGCUCUGGGGAGAGCAGCAGCAAGGAGUCACCAUACACCUUGGGGCAGAGGAGGCAGUUGAUGUGUGGCACGGCUUGGGACAGGCGGAGUCUCCAGGGUUGGCUCCUCUUCCCCCCAGGGUGUAGCUGGAGCUCCUGCCCUGGCCUUCGGCUGCUUUUGUGCAGCUCCUUCUGCUGCCAUUUCAAGAUUUAAACCGCGUCCCCCUGCGGAGACAACAAGAUCCCAAGCCUCCAAAGUGGGACGCGGCUAUUAAAUGAAUUCGUUUGGCCUUCUCUGGA